AAGCUCAACCCUCAGAGCAGUCGUUUCCCGCCCAUUGCCUAAAACUCUGCCCCACCCCUUGCUGUUUCACUUGGUUUCAUAAUACUGCUCUCUCUGUGCGCGGAGCUUACAAGCAGUCACUAGGAGUAGCUGUCCUGGUGAGGAGUCUUUUGAUUACAACAGGAGUGAGGAGGGUCAUUCUCUGUGUCCUGUCACCACCAGCCAUUUCCGUCAGUUGCCGACCGGAGGAGAAGAGACAAGUCAUUCAUUACAGCUCCGUCAACAAGAAGCCACAGCCAACAUGCAGGAAGAGUUUAAACAAAGAAGAAUGAACAUGGAUUUUUCUCAACUGCACACAUAUACACCGCCACAGUGUGCUCCAGAGAACACCGGCUAUACCUACUCUCUCAGCUCUAGCUACUCAACAGCAGCGUUAGAUUUUGAGAAGGAGCACCAGAUUGCCGCCGUAUACGAGUCGCCCAGGAUGUCACGGCGGAGCCUGCGUCUGCAGACUGGUGCCGGACACUAUGACAAUGAAAGCCUGGCCGAAUACUCCCAUAACCACAGCGACAGCUACAGCUAUACCAGCACCAAGAAAGAGACACGGACGCUGCGAGGCAAAAAGCAGCAGUCCAGUUCCAGCUCCCGGUCUCUCUCCUUAAGCCAAGCUGCUACACCGAGGAAAACCCUCUCCUUCUCAGCCGCUAAUACCCCAAUCAACAGCAGCAGCAGCGUCAUUCAUGAAAGCCACACAGCGUCCGAUGGAUCUCUACUCGCCUCCAUCCUGGAUCAGUCCAGCCUGAGACAACGCGCCGUCACCACAACCACCACUUUUGUGGAUGGGCACCGGGGGAGGAAGGACCACAGUUCGUCAAGUGUGAACGGUGACGCCAGCGCAUCAAAGUCCCACACCGCAGUCGCCAAUGGUUACAUCUGCAAAGACUGCUCGUUUCACUCUCAGACGGAGUCCCCUAUCACAUGUUCGUCUUCAUCAUUAUCAUCAUCAUCUCAGGCCGCAGAAGCUUCCUCGGACGCCCUCUUUUCCUCUUCCUCGGACGCCCUCUUUUCCUCUUCCUCGGACGCCCACUUUUCCUCUUCCUCGUCACCCUUCACAAGCAUAUACUCCAGAGACAGGACUCGAAGGAACAAGCCAGGUGUCCUGGUGUCUAUGUCUCACACGUGUAUGCGCUACAGCAAGCGAGCCCUGGCUCCCAUAGUGUCCUUAGUCACCCUGCUCUUCAACAAUGUGCUCUGGCUCGGUUCAAGGGCAAAGAGCCCGCCACGAAAAGGUGUCCUUGCGUCGUGUUCGGACUCAAUGAAACAAGCGGUGUCCUCCAGUUUUUCCCAACUGUGGCUGUUUAAGCAGAACACUCUUCACAGGAUGAUGGGCCACAGGGCUAAUGGCUAUGAAGGACAAGCUCACUCAAGUUACUGUGGAAGCAUGAAUGUGAAGGACCUGGUGACUGAGGAGGCCUCACAUCUUAAACUCAAUGGUUCCCUGUGCGAUGACUGUAAAGGAAGCAGCAUUCAGAGACACACACCGUCCUCCUCACACAGUCCUCCAGGCCUCGACGCCUGUGGGGGCGCUGUGGAGCGUCCUAGCUUAUGCAG